UUUCCCCCAAUUUUUUCCUCGCUAUUAUCGGCUGUAUAUUAUUAACUCGUUAUCAAUCAACGCGCUGUUUUCGUAAAUACCGACCGAAUGCUUUAUGUAUUUUGAUUUUCGUCUCCGAACCAAUUAUCAUAUUUAUAACAACCGGUUUUCGCGUGUUGCGAUCGUCGCGCGCCGCCAUUAAAACCGCAUUAACACCGCUGACGCAAAAAAAAAAAAAAAAAACGUAAGGUAGGGGAAACUCGCGACUUCUCAUUCUCGUGGCCGGCGGCUCGCGCUUCUGUAAACACCGACAUAAUAAUAAUAUCGUUACUUGUGUUGUUAUUAUUUUUCGUAGCGAACGGGACAGUCCGGUGAAAAACGUCUGCGCUCGCGGUCGUCAGUACGGCGAUAGACGUUGCGAAAGUUUUACAUUUUUUUUUUUCUCCUAUCGAAUAACCGAUUGUAACCGGUCGCUGAUAAUAACGGAAAACCGAACGGACGGCCGGAAAUCGCAUUACCAGGUACACAACCGAAUUAUUCUUCGCGUUCUUCGCGAAUCUAUUGUCGCCGCGGCCACGAGCGGGCGUGACGACCGCCACCGUGCCGCGCCCGUCUCCGGGUUACGGACAACACGGCGCGACACCCGGAAAAUUUGCGUUCGGCUGCGACGAUUUCGCGCCGUUUGUUUAAGUAUCUCGGAUGUCGGACCGUUGUCUAGCCCGAAGGUAACAACGCUAACGGUCGUGCGACCGCGCGCGACUUUUACCCCUCGAAACUUUAACGAUUUCCGAACGACAUACCAGUGCCUGUAACCACGUGAAAUACCACGGUUUAAAACUAUUGGUGUCCCGCGUAGUGAUAUCGACACGGGAAACCUACGCGGUUCCGCGGAUAACCGUGUUCGUAUCUCUCAAACAUCGAUAAUGCUCGGUCGAUUCGCUGUGACAAUGUUUAAACUGAUCGCACCGGCGGCUAGGCCCGGCCACUUUUCCGCGUAAACCAACACGAUUUUCAAAUGAGGUAAAUAAAUGUGUCAAUGAAAAAUGUGUGCGUAAAAAUAAAAUACCGAGUCGCGUUGCGCAUUUACGCUGUGAUACACCCGAUGAUGAAUUUUUAAUUCGGAACCGGUCGUACACGUGCGCUUGUCGUAAUACGCAUUCGUUAAUUGAUUUACUUCAUUUGUAUAUGUGUAUACAUUUUUCAUUUACUAUAUUUAUUUACUUUAUUAUUUUAUGAACAAUUUUAAAAUCGAACAUUUUAUUAGUAUUUUUUCCUAUUGAAACAUUAAUAUUGUUUUUUUUUAUCCGGCCUGCCCCCAGAAAAACGUAUUUCUAGCUACGCCUCUGAACCCCCCCCCCAAUGUUGUUCCUGCUAUCCGUUACGUCGUCGUACGCCCGUAAGACGGAGAGUGCACAGACGGGCGUCACGUCCCUUCGCAAAUCACAUACGUUUUGUAUGGUUUGGUCCGAUAUUCAAUUAGUUUGGCGCGCGUACCGUAAGGCUCGAGUCGGUGGGUCGGUCAAUACAACACGUAACGAGUUUUCAACGCUGAACGGUUCAUAUACUAUUUCGCUUUAACCCCGGGUCUCCCUCCGCCUUUCCCCCCCAUCCACUCCCCUUAAUCCCUCGUCUGAAUGUUUAUUUGCCGUCCGGAACAGUUAUCAAUAUUCGCAAUAAUUAUACGGUUUUAAUACGAGAACAGACGGUUCCGAAUCGUAUUUUCUAGAUGAAAUAAUUAUUACAAACGCGGUAUUAUUGUCGAACGGCGUUUUAGUUUAGUUUACGAAAAAUACGUACUUAGGCGCCUAUAAACACGGCGUCAUCUUUAUCGUUUUCCUCGUUCGCCCGGCAUCUCUGUAAUUUUUUUUCUUCGCCUCAGACGAAGACGGGAGGGGGGGGGGAAGAUACUUUUGGGUGUUGCGUCUGAAACGUUACGAGAAAUUAAACUUACGGCCGUUUUCAGUUCUGCUCUAAAUGUUCUUAUAUAACAAUAAUACUCGUAUCACGGUCUAACGAAAACUUUUGUCCACGAAGAUUUUGUGUAAAUUGAUUCAGUUCAUUUUUUUUUUUGUUAUUUUCAGAAUUUCAAAAUUAUUUGAUAACGGUCCGCGUGUAGAUUUUUUUUUCAUCAAAAUUUAUAUUAGUCCUUUUGCGAAUCUUAGUUUUUAAACAUGUGGGCUUUAAACCAAACAAUUCCAAUAUUAUUAUACCUGACAAAAUAUCGAAAAUCUUUGUAGAUCAUCGCCGGUAUCGUGAUAUAUUUUCAAUAUGACAUACUAACGGUGCAAACGGGCAUAAAGAUUUCAGUCAAAUUAAUUUUUUUUAUAAAAAAAAAUGGUUUUCGUGCUUUCUCUGCGAAAUUCCCAUCUCGCCCACCAGUCUGGACGGCCGUGAACUCGGAUGAUGAAUAAAUUAAGAACCUAUUUAAAGUUAUGACGAUUAUUUUUUUUUUUAACGUAAAACUUCGGAAAGAAUGUAAUGAAUUUUGUUUUCAUUAUCUUUUUUUUUUCUCGACUAUUUGAGAUUGCUAGGUGUAGAGGUGAAGUGGAAACUAAAUUUAAGCUGGGAGAUCAAAAUUUAUCCAGGCCACCCAAUAAAAUACGCGCCUACCAAACAACGUUUUUCUGGCAUUUUAAUUUUAACCAAUUGCGAAGCCAGGAUCUUUAUCCUACUCGGCGUGUUGUGUCGUGGGUAAUUUCCAAUCACUAAAAUAGUUACAUUAUUGCUAAAUGAGAUAGAAAAUGAGAAAGAACGUCUAAGUCUGAUAACUAACAUUAAGAUUUGGUAUGGUAUUAAAUAGUACUUUUUUUUUUUUUUAUUCAAACUGUAUAAAGUUUUAGUAUUUAGUAUUUUACUUAACUUAUUUUAUAAUAACAUAUAUUAACUAAUGAUGAACAUAUAAAAAAAAUUGUGUUUCAAGUGAUCAAAUUUGUCAUAUAAUAAUGUAUAUUUGUGCUCAAUGUGUUUAUAUAAUAAUUCUGAUAUAUAAAGUAUAAUUUACGAAAGGGAACGCGAACGGUGAAAGUAGGUUACUGUCAAGUGUGACAGUUAUAGAUAUUUGAUGUAAAUUAUAAUUUACUGUUAUUUUAUAUUAAUUCAUUAUGAUAAUAUAAAUCACUCAUAAUUUAAACCUUAAUAUAUUUUUAUUCGUGAUAUAAAUUACCAAUCCCUAAUCUUCAAUCACCAUUGGUAACGUUUUUAUCAGCGUUUACUUUUCACGAUUCAGACUGUAUACAAAACUGGUCAUAGCCACAUUCGAGCGCUAACAGUUCAAGAACGAAGAAGUUUUGUAUAACAAAUGAUAAGUGCUCGCUGCAUAUCCUAUGUAUCUUAAUUCGUGGUACAACCUAAUAAUAUAAACAAAAUAAUGUUUAGCACCUUAUUAAAUAUCUUCAAAUGGUUGAACUUUUCAAAAAUCGAAUAAAAAAUUAUUAAUUUUAUUAGGUGCAGACUUUUCAUGUUGAAUAAACUAUCGGAAUUGAAGCGUAAAACAUAAUAAUAUGUUACAAUCAGACUUGGGCCAAAUUAUUGUUAAAAGUAUUCAGAAAGGAAGGGAGAAUAAACAUAGAGUCAUUUUAUUUGUAUCUGUACGUAAUGACAGAUCAUUGUUAACGGAAAACGAUUCUGAGCACCGAGCAGAAUAUAAUCAGUCGUAUUUUCGUCUUGUUGCCAAGGUAACCGAGACAUCAAUAAAAAUCAUACACACGGUUUUUCUUAAUUAUUCAUUCAGAAAACUAUAUGAUCAAAAAUGAAUAAAAAAAAAAUGACCUCCUCAAUAUAUUAAGUAAAUAAAAACCGUCACACGAAAGUUCCUAUAAUAAAAUGUUCGAUUAGAGCGAGAUUUCUGGUCUUGUUCACUGAUAGAACAAAAGAAAAAAAAAAAAACCAGACCUUAGCAGAACCAAUAUACACGCAGUGCUUCGCUCAGUAUCUGAAACAUUGAUAACGGCGAUAUAAAUGUAUUUUUUUUUUCAUUCGUACGUACUUGAAAAUGUUGUGUUGAUUGGUCGUGAUAAUGAAAAUCGAUAGACUUUGCGAUGCGUUACGUUAAUUAUUGUUAUUUUGUGUACGUAUUUGACCUAAGCCCCGUGGCCUCUAAAACGUAGGUAUAGACGUAGUAAACGUAGGUAUACGCAAAACGCAUAGAUCCAAUCCCCUGCCAAUAUAUUAUUACUAUCUCGAUUGCAUAGGUACCGUGGCUAUCGAUAAUACAACAAUAAUAAUGUCUAAUUUUAGUUUUGCCGAGAUGAGCGCGUGUAUGUAUUUUUAUUUUAUUUUUUUUUGCGUUAUCGCCGUUACACAGACGUGAUGGGUCCAGAAACGUUUGUGCAACAACCGAUGUCCGAGCGCCGUCGUCGCUCUCGAGGCGUUUAAAACAAAGGAUAAAAAAAAAAAAAAAACAGAAAAACAAACGAAACAAAAAACGACCGCGAUACAGCAACAGCUACUUCCAGACAGCCCGUCAUCGUCGUCGACGUAAUUUUGCAACAUAAUAAUAUAUAUAUAUAUAUAUAGGUACGUGAAAACAAAAAAAACAAAAAAAACAGGAAAUACGACCGCGCGACAAGGUAAAUACGUAUCAUUAUUAUGUUAGUGUAAACCUUGGAUCAUUGGAUUCGGAGCGCGUCGCGUGAGUCACACAACGCGAUAUAAUACAGACCAAUAAUUGUACUGCACAGGUAUUGUUUCGCUCGGAGUCGCAGACACAAGACCCGGCCAGCCAGCGCACCGUCCGAAUUCGACGCCGGCCGCGGGAUGGACAAAUCGUAUCUCGUCGCGUGUCUGGCGUUCGUGUUGAGCGCCUCGUCCGCCCAAUCCAACGGCAACCGUGAGUACCACGAUACACCGCGCACAGCCCGGCGGGGUCGAUAGCGGCCGUUAUACCGAAUAUCGGGAGGGUGGGACGUCGGGACGAGAAGAUACGACGCGUGCGCCGCGAUUAACCGUGGCCGACGAAAAACGAUUCUGGGUUCGAUAAUAUUUACGAUUUUCGCCGAAACGUUAUAUUGAAAUUCUUAUGAAAAAAAAAAAAAUCCUACAUUACGCUCGACCUUUUUUUUUCUUCCAACCACAAACUACGACACUCACAGGCUUACUUUCAAGCAUUUCUGUUCGGUCUAAUAAAUUUAUCCACAAAAUACUUACCGAAUAAAAAUGCCGUAAAAAGCUCAUAAAUUUCAAAUGUCUAUAAACAGUUUAAAAGUGGCUAAAAUAUUUCGAAAAUUUUGACAUGUCUAGAGCAGGCGAAUAUAAGUUUUUGUCGACAUUCAAGUCUCUGCAAAUAUUUUAACUUAAUAAUAACAAAAAACAAAAUUGAAAAUAAUACAUUUUUCCUAAGUUUUUCCUGGUUUCCAAUUAUCAUGAAAACCGUUUGGAAAAUAAAAAAAGAUAACCUUCUUAAAACGACCCAAAUAAAAAGAUUAUUUAUUAUUCCUUGAAAAUCGGAAUAAUAUUCGUGGUAGAAAAGUUGUUUAUAGAUAAAAAAAAAAAAAAACCAAUACAUUCCUCGCGCGCUUUGCUCAGAAUCUAAAACGUCGGUGAUAUACCAAAAAUGGCCUGAGAAAAGUGCGGCCGAACGUAAAAAUGGCCGGAUAAAAAGAUUUAACUAAAACGUUCAAUUAUUGUAUUGGCCGUAUUGUAUAUGUUCCUCCGGCCAUUUUUGGAUCUGACCGUAAUUGGGUUUUGAAGGGAGGGGAUGCUGGAGACCCCCUAACACUCUCCUAGCUACGCCUAUGUCACCAUGGCUUGGCUUUUGACGAAUAAUACCUAACAUUAAUACACAUUACAUUUUAACCGCUAAGAAAUUUUACAAUACAAUCAUGUAUUUCGUGUACAGUUCUCGAGCAUUUAUGUUGAGCCAAAGAAAUUUCAUCCACUGGAAACUAAAUUAUCAAAUGACAAUAAAACGCUCGAAAUUUCGAUCACGUUUAUCGCGUAAAGGGCCUAUAUAAGUAUUUAGUGAACAUUUCGAGUCCCCAAGAUUAUUCUAACCGAUCGAAUUACAGCGAAAAGAAAAACACGAAAAUAACAAAAAUCGCUAUUGUGUAAAUUUCCCCGGGUUUCAUAUGUUUUCUCAAUUACGGAGAAAACUACGAGGGCAAUCAAAAAAUGACCUUCUAAAUGCACACAUUUGUUUUUAUAAAUAUGCUACACUUACGAUUGGAGCAAGAUUUCUGAUAAUAAAUUUGUUUGCAGACAAAAAAAAUCACACACAUCAUAUAAAACCAACAUACAUUCAGAAUCUGACAAAAGCUGCUGAUAAAUGUACAGAUAUAUUGAAAUCUGGAUAUUGCACUAGUGCCAUAAUUCCGAAUUCGAUUAUAUUAUGUUUAAUAGUUUUUUAUUAUAAAUAAAAAAAAAUAAAAUAAAUUUCAAAUGGAAUCUUUAUACGAGUGUAUCGUCGUCAGUCAAUCGAAUAUAAUUAGAUGAUUUCCGGGGCUGUGUCAGACAAUAAAAAAAAAAAAAAAAAAAAAAAACCGUUUACGUAUUCUUUCAACUUUCUUACUUUUGAGAACCAUUUGUUGAAAAUGUCACGGGGGUUUAAUUCAAUAAUACAUUUCUUGGCAGCCGAUUCCACGGUAUCCAUGAUAACCGGUAGUGUGGUGUUCGGAUAUCGAGAAACGUAGGUCGAGUUUUAACUCGAUCUAUGUUAACACUCGAAUUAGACGAUAAUUAUAUUGGUUCUGGUUUUUUUUUUUAAAUUUUUUAUAUAACGUUCGUUGUUACACAGUGUUGAGCUUCCGCGGAACUGCAAUUAUGUAAUUAUUAAGCGUACUACAGUUACUACAUGUGUAGAUGUUUUUAAUACAUCUACAUGUAUAAAUAUUGACCUUGUAAGGUGUUGUUCAUUUUCGGACGCGGAAUUAUAAACAGAUAGAGGUAAUUAAAAUUUCCGUAGAAAACGAUUAUUACGAUAACGCGUGACCGCUUAUGAUACACGGCGACCAUAACCGACAGAUUUUCUACAUUAUUACGAAAUUGUUGACAAAACCGCAUUUCACGAUUUCGAUAUUGUCGACGAACGCCGCAGUGAAAACCGCGGGUAAAAUGAUACAGAGAUUUACACAAUAAUAUUCUGAAACAGGCUAAAAUCGCGGGUACGACUAUUCAGUUUUUUUUUUCGUUAACGUCCGUGUAAGCCGUUUUUCCUCGUAUUGUCGCGAUAAAUUAAUCGUUUAAAAAACGUCUCGGGUCACCAUCACAUUAAUAUUAUAUUUUACGCGUAUAAUAGACGCGAUCCUAUUAUAAUACACUGGGGAGUCGCGUAAAACGCACAAUAACAAAAAGACGCGCCGUAAUACAACACUUAUGACUCAUAAGAUUCCACCUCGCGUUUCUGUGCGCGUGUAUGCAUCGUAUUAUUUAUCGCACCUUAAUGUUAAUUUUAAUUUCGCACAUGUAUGUUAUAUUAUUGUACACGGUCGUUCCGGCAAACCGUAAACGAACGCGAUAAAAUCCGCGUACGCUAUACCGAUUUAAUGUUUAGGCGCCCAUUAUACCAAUACUCUGCCCCGCUCCCUAUCCCAAGUCAAAGGGCAGUAACCGACACCGACGACGGUUCGAGGAAAAAAAAACAAUUUUUCCCGAAUCGUCACGUUUUUCUAACUGCUGACCGUGUAAUAAACGAAAAUACCGCUCUAAAGUAAGCUGAUACAAGCAAAAUCACAGUAACUAUACACGUAUUGCAAACAGCCGAGACGGAUUUCGAUUGAUCGGUGGUGACUAGUUUGAAAAAAAAAAAAAACAAAAAAAAACCGACCCGAUUAAAUCUAUUAACCGAAACACCGGGACAGACCUAAUCGACAUACACACCGACCGGGGAUCUCAAUCGUCGAUUAUUGUCUUUUUUUUUUUUUUUCAAAAACUCAAUUAUUUCACAAGAUUUAAUGAAUUCAGUUUGAAUCGUUACCAGUUUAUGCACUUACCGUAAUGGGUAUAGGUAUCGAAACGACGUUUCAAACUGCGAUACGAACGUCGAAUGCCAUCGUGAUACGGAAACACUUAGGUAUAUAUGGAUUUAAUUUACAAUUAAAUUCUAUACAAUUUUGUAAAAAAAAAAAAAACGUUAAGCACAGAUGAAUUAUGAAUUUGAUGUGUUUGAAUUGUAUAUGGCAACCAGAUAUUUUCACUAAGUGGAUGUCUACUCUAUGAAAAGUAUACGCAUAUCGCGAAUGAAUUAUUUUUGUCAAUUUCCCACGAAAUGGAUAAUGAUUUUGUGCGCGGUUGAAAACGAUUCGUUUUUUUUUUUUUUUUCAUACAUUUACACCAAUAAGUUGGAGUAAAUAAACGUAUACACCCAUUAUGUACUUUACCUAACUGCAUUUAACUAAAUGAAAAAAAAAAACGAACAAAUAUUUCCUUCAAAACAUAGACAAGAAAUUAAGGAAUUCAAAUAUGUUAUUAAAAUGGAAAUAAGGCGAACGGUAAUGGGUGAAUUUUACUUCAGUUUAUUGGUAUAAAACAUUAAAACGUCAUAUUCGUAUCUGUAUAAAUGGUUUUUCCCCUCAAAUUGGGCAGUAUGGAUUAGUGGACAAGUCCUGUAUAAUAUUAUAAGGUGGCCAUUAAAAGUUGAAAAAUAAUGUUCAAAUUUUACAAAAUUGAAGUACAUUUAUAAGCCUCUUAAAGAAAUGUUGUAUAUUUUUUUUUUUUACGCAUUUUUUAGAAUAUUAACGUUUUUAAAUUUGGUUUGCAGAAGACACAUGUUUCACGCCGUCCGAUGAGAACGGUAUUUGCAAAAACAUACAGCGGUGUCCGCCGCUUCUGUCGCUGCUCAACAACCAGAGGAGAACCGAGGCUGAAAAGACUCUCCUGAGAAAUUCGUUUUGUGGAUAUGAAAAUAGAGAUCCAAAAGUGUGUUGCCCGUUGGAAAACGAAUCGGGGUCCAACAAUCGUCCGGGGAACAAUAAUCUGACAAAUAAGACCACACAGAAACCGGUAGAGCAGCCGGAUUACGAAACCGUAUCGUCAUCUAAACUGCCGUCGCAGAGUACGUGCGGUAAGACCUCCAUUACGCACGAACGGAUCGUCGGAGGGAUGCCGGCCGAAUUAGGUACGAUGAAAAAAAAAAAAAACUGUCACGGACCAUUCGUGAGGUUUAUCUAAAUAAAAUAACGUGUGUAAACUCUCCCGGAUCCCAAAAAUGUACGUUACACGCGUAAUAUUAAUCGAUACAACUACCGGUAGUCGUAGUCUUGGAAGUUAAGUAACUUGUUUUAACGGUGUAGAUUUACGCUUUAGCAAUUUCUAUUAACUCUGUAUUUCGGCCAAAGAUUCCGGUGGUUCGGUCACGCCAGACGAAAAGCAGAAACUGCAAGCGCAAAUGGAAGUGACGAAUCACGGGGAGUUUGGAGAAUAGUUUCUAUACGAUUCUUAUAGAAUUAUAAAGCCAACGGAGAAUAAGUUCAGUUUAACGGUUGGUAGUUUCGAGGUAGAUCUCGAAGAAUUCACGAAUCCACAUUAGUAUAGGUACAUUUAAUAAUAAUUUCAAAGACCCUUGUACAUUUACAACUAAGUAUGCAAAAUCAUAAUGAUCAUCUCAUAUAAUAUCGGUCGGUCUCAGUACAAAAAAUUCACCAAAAACUAUAUAUUAAAAAUCAAUAAUCACCGGGGUGAGUUACAUUCCCUUCGGAGUUUAGGUAAAACUUAAGCCGAGCCGAGAAUUUUUCAUACGAUCGGGAAAGUAUACUACACCGUCCGUUUACGAUACACGUUGACAUUAUUAAAAUUAUGGUAUUCACGUGGUUUUUUUUGUUUUAAUGAUAAGGUGCCUGGCCCUGGAUGGCGGCCCUCGGUUUCCGAGAUACAAACGUGCCAAACAAGGAUAUUCAGUGGCUGUGCGGCGGUGCAUUGAUAUCGGACCGAUACGUAUUAACGGCCGCUCACUGUACGGUCGGACUUGGCCGUUACAAAUUGUAAGUGCGUAACAGCAAUAUGAAUUAAAAUAAUUAUUACCGAAACAAAAAAUAUUAACAAUAAAAAGCCGUUUUCACGCAGACACGUCUCGAAGCCCGUAAAACCGCAUAGGAAACUGCGCCCAAAUGAUCUUUUUAGAAGUGUUUGUAUUUAUAUCCGUUUUUAAACCAGCAUCAGAAUUCAGCCUAACUCAUUCCGAAUUUUCGAACCCGGGACUAAGUUCGAUCCAGAAAAAAUAUAUCUGCACGGAACUCUGCGGAUUACCAAGCAAGGCCGUUUGGUUUUUACGGUCGUGCCGUUAUAACAAUGAAGAUUGCACAUAUUACUAUCAUGACGAUUCAUUGGUUUUUCAUUUGCUGAUUUCUGUUGUCUGUGUUACGUUAGCUUUAAGAAAAAAUACAUCCGAUUAACGCUGUUAUCUUAUCAAACGUGAGCUUUGCUCUACUGUUCUGAAUCGGUAUUUCUGGUAGCAACGAUUCAUCGUUGCUUUCACUAUAUAAAGCAUAAAUCGUACUGUGAGCUAAAAAAAAAUAUCUUCCCAAUUUCCCACCAACAACAAUGGUCUAACCAUGUGCGGUGUGAACAGUACGUCCGGCUUUUUUUUUUUGAUUUGUCAUAUAUUCCUACAUCCAGUGUUGGAGAGUAUACUUAAGCAAAAGUAUUCAUUGCAAUAAUUUUUAAAUAUUUUUCUGUUUAAUUCAUAUUAUAUUUUUUAUUUUCAAAUUAGUAAAAAAAAAAAAAAUUAUGAAAAAUAUAAUUUGUAUUAAUGAUUUAUUUAUUACUUAUCUACUGGUAGUUUCCAAUAGUUUUUAUGGAAUUUAUGAGAAAAUAUUUUUCAGGAGGCAUAGUGAACACCAGUAUCGCCGAAGAAGUUUAAAAAUACUCGGCCAAACAAGGGAAUAAUGUAUUAUAAUUGGUAUUCUUUGGGUCAAAUACAUUACAUUACUCAUUUCUCAUCGUGCUAUUUGUUACAGUUAUAUUUUCUACAAAUUCUAAUAAUACUAUGUAUAUUUCCCACCACUAGCAUCGCCCACCCACCACCAAAAAAUUUGGUCUAGCGGUGAACAUCAAGAAACUAUAGCACGGGUAUACGUUUUAUUUAUACUGUCUUAUAGAGAUAAACAUUUCUAAUGCUUAUUUACACAGUCAAGAUAUUUUUUUCGCGUGACUCAACCAAACUGACAAUUUAAAUAUCUGGUUAAAGGAAACAUAUGAGUAGUUUAUAGAAUAAUAAUUGCAGUCACUUCUUACCUACGUCAAAUGAUACGGUGUAAAAUUACCGAUAAAAUUAAUGUAAAACAUAAACAUUCUAAACAAAACCAGUCGAUUUAGUAGAUAAGAAAAAUGUUAUUUAACAAGUUUAAAGGUGUCUAUAAAUACUUUUAUUAAGUAUGUGUAUUUAAAUUGAAAUACUGAGUAUUCAAAUAUGUAUUGUAAAUACCUUUCAGAAUGAGUAUCUGUAUCUUUACUUGAAUACUUUUAAAAAAGUGUCAUUAACAAGAGUGACUACGUUGUACACCUACGCUUACUUACUGACGAAUCUCGGUUUGUAAUUUGUAAUUUUGUUUUUUAUUUUUUCAGAGAAACCGUGCAUUUGGGCGACUUGGACUUAAAUCCUAAUGUGGCGGACGAUGCCGUACCAAUAAACGUUCCAAUCGCCCGCAUUUUGACGCAUGAACAGUACAACGCGCGAGAAUACACAACCGAUAUUGCGCUCUUAAAACUUAACCAAAGCGUCCGUUUUAACGGUAAGUUUUAUUCCAAAGGGGCUUGUGCCACCCCUGCGUUUUCGAUCGAAAAUACGUUUCGUGGGAAAACUCCUUUAUGAGUUGUAGAAUGGUUUGAUUACGGUGAUUUUUUUGUUCUUUUGGAAACACGAAAACUUCUUACAAACAUUGGAUUUGGAUUUUAAAAAUAAUCUAUAUUCUGAAACUCAAUAAUUUUCUUUUGGUAGCUUUUAGUCAAAGUAUAAUGCGUCAUGUAGCCUAUAGAAAGUUUUCUUUUUUCCGACAUAAAAAAGUUCACUAAAGUGAGUUUUGAGCAAAAAAAUGUUGUGUCAGACUCGUUAAUACAUAAAUUAUGUUACGGGUUGUCAGUUGUUGAUAUUAAGUAAAAAGUCAAGUCGUCAAGUAGACGAAAAUAAUUGCUUAACGAUUUAAAAAAAUAUUAUUACCUACUGGGUACAAUAUAGUUAUAUCUAUAAUUUUGUUUAAUAUUUAAUUUUCAUGACACCCAUUCCUUGAAAAGAUCAAUUUCAUCAAAGACAUCAUAUUAUGUGAACAUACCUAGUUUAUUCCUCUAUUUUUCCGGUAAAAACAGAGUACUAUCAUAUACUAGAGAAAUAAUAUAAUAUACCCAGUAGACAAGGCCGUAUCUGAAAAGGUGUUAGGGUUCAGGGUGCCUCCCGAAGAUUUUUUCUCCUGAAUAGACACUUAUGAUACUAAAAUACAUAUUUUACUAAUAAAUUCAUUAAUAUUACACAGAAUGUUAAACUGUUUAUAGAAUUCAUCAAACCCAUCUGUCUGCCGAUUUUAUCGAAGAUGAGAUCGAGAACUUUGGAAGGAACUGCGCCGUUUGUCGCCGGCUGGGGAGCAACGUCAUUCCGUAAGUAUGAGAGGAAUUUUAACUAUUCAAGUUCACUUUACACUGUCAUGAUCGAUAUCUCCACUUUUUUUAAAAAAAAAAUGUUUUCCUUUUCCCUCUCAUCCUUUACGCCCCGUGAAAACCGAUUGUAGAUUAAAAUUGAUCUUAACCUCAUUAUAUUAUUCUACGAUUAUAUAAGUGUAGCGUAAAUAUCUAGGCUAAUAUAAUAUAUUUUCAAAUCGUUUUUAUCACAACGAUAGUAAUCAGGGAUGGUUCUAGAAUUGUUUUAUAAGGGGUGAUAUACGGUUAUUUGGCGGUAUAAGAAAUCGUCACUUAAAUUAAUUUUUUUCUAUGAUACUUAACUAUAUACAUACUUGAUAUAUAACCAAUCUUCUAGUUAGUACAUUUUAUUAAUUGUAUCAUUAUUAUUUUACACAUUUAACUUCAAAUACAAAAUUUAUAAUAAAUAAUAUAAUUUUUUAAUGAAAAAAAAAGUUGAAAUCCAGACUAAGGGGAUGCUUACUAGCUAGUACUCCUUAUAAAUUCACCCCUGAUGAUAAUAAAAACAUGAAAGUUUUAGAUCCAACGGUAACUGUUGUUAAUCAAUAAUCAGAGUCGCAUACAGCUAAAACGGGCUUGGUAAGACUAGCCAGGCCAAGUGUUCAUCGCAAAAAAGGGGCGAGAGAAAUAUGAAAUUUUAAUAAAAAUGAAUAGAAGUAGGUUACUAGAAAUAGUGAGAAUUAUUGUGUGGCUAUAGACGCUGAAAAACCUUAUUGUUACGGCUCUACUCGUUAUAAUGAUUUGUAUCGUUAAAAAAAAAAAAAAAUUUACGUGUCAACAGGAGGACCAUCCAGCAGCGCUCUGAUGGAACUUCAAAUACCUGUCAUGAAUAAUACGGAAUGUAAACGGAUUUUCGCCAGCAAAAAAUCCGUUAUCGACGAACGAGUGUUGUGCGCUGGAGUCCUGACGGGUGGAAAAGACGCUUGUCAGGUAUACCUACUGAUUGUCAAACUCGAGACACCAAAGUUAUGUAUUAAUAUGAUUUUUUUUUUUUUAAUCGUUCUUUUCAGGGCGAUUCCGGAGGUCCUCUAAUGUGGCCCAGCGGUACUCAGUUUUAUUUGGUGGGUGUAGUGUCGUUUGGAUUCAAAUGCGCCGAACCGGGUUACCCGGGCGUGUAUACUAGAGUGUCGACUUUUGUCGAUUGGAUUGCCGAAACAAUGAACAGAACUUGAAUGCGAUUGUAUAAUAUAGAAAAAAAAAAUUAUUACCUUUAACUAUUAUUAUUACGGUAUUAAAAAUGUAUUUAACUACUUACGGUUCAUAAAUGAAUAUAAAAUAAACAAAAUAAUAAAAAUAAUAUUUUGUUUGAGAAUUGUAACUGUAUAAUUUGACGUAUUUCUAAAAUUACCCAUUGAUUAUAUUCUUAAGAAACGAAGGUUAAAUAUUUUUUUUUUCCAUGAUAACCAUAAGCGUAAUCAGGGAUAAACUCUUAAAGGAGGUGACAGGGUGUGGUAAAACUAAAAAUAGGAUAGGUAUAAGAAAAUGGGGACUUAACCAUCCCACCCCUUAAUAUGUGUUUCUUCUAAUAUAGAUAUCAGUAUUAAUUAUUACUUAUUAGUUCGUAAUAUUCAAGAUAAAAAUAUAAAAAUAAAAAUUAUAAAAAGACUGACAUACUUCGCACGUGGGUGCCACUGUAGUAGUUGAGAAGUAGGGAAAGUAGGCGAAGGGAAAUUUAAUGUAUAUUCAUAAGCAACGAUAAAUCGUUGCUAACGAAAAAAACGAUUUUGAGCGGAAUACAGUUGAUAUUGAUUGUCAACAAUAUGUGUGCAAUAUUAUGGAAAAAUUACAUAGGCGUUGUAUAUUUUCUUUAAUAAUAUUUGUUUAAUAUUGUACCUAAUUUCCUGUUUUUCC